AUGGCCAAAAAAACGUAAGUUAUUUUUUUUCUUCAUUGCGCUGAAUAAAAAAAAAAUUUCUCAGAAGGCUCCCCGAAACGUUUCCAACAGAAGACGGCGGCCCAACUCAGUGGGUUUUUUUCCUCCAACCUGGACUCAUGACUCUCAUUUCAAAUCUGGAACAUAAUGAAUAUUUCAAAUAUUUUAGAUCGUGAAGCCGCUAUCAUCCGCGAGCAACAGGAGCGAGGUAAUUUUCACUCUUUUUUUUAAUAAUGAAAGCUUUAAAAUUUAUUUUUACAAAUGAGUCGUUUUCAGCGGACUCACGCCGUGGAGGCCUUCGUCCUCACGCUUCUCAUCCUGCCGGUCCUGGUCCUGCCGGUCCUCAUCCUGCCGGUCCUGGUCCUGCCGGUCCUGGUCCUGCCGGUCCUCGUCCUGCCGGUCCUGGUCCUGCCGGUCCUCGUCCUGCCGGUCCUGGUCCUGCCGGUCCUCGUCCUGCCGGUCCUCGUCCUGCCGGUCCUCGUCCUGCCGGUCCUCGUCCUGCCGGUCCUCGUCCCGCCGCUCCUCGUCCCCCGCAAGCUGCUCCAUCAGCUGCUGGUAAAUCAUCAUAAUCAGAUGUCCUUAUUUCAAUACAAAUUCAGUCGAUGAAGUGCAACCGGAAAACGAAGCUGUCGUUGCUGCGGACGGGCCCGAGGAACCUGCCGUCGAUUCUCUCGCCGGCAGGCCCGUUUCUGGCAGCGCCAUUGCCAGUAAGUCUCUGCAAGAUUCAGAAUUUCCAGCUUCAUUUUUUUUGCAAAAGUACCGUUUCGAAAUGAGAAAGCUUUACAACGUUUUGAAAUAAAUAGACACUAAAAUUUGAUUCCAGUACAAAUCAAAGAGUUCAAACUUCAAUAAACUAUUUGUGAAAUCUUCUAGCUGGAUGACCGUUAGAAUCAAGACGGUCAAAUAUUUUUUUUGAGUCUGAUAGAUUUCUCAACGAAGCUUCGUUCAAAAUAAUACUUCGAUUUUUUUGAAUGAAUCGAAACUUUUAUUUUUGAGUAUGCAAACGGAAGUUUCAGACGUCGCCAUGCAAGCGGGAAGCUCUGAAAGCUUGAAUUCAAGUGGACCUGCAACCAAACGUCAAAAGAUCGUGGAUAAAGCGACUUCGCCGUUUGGUAGGCGUUUCAUUUCAUCUUUUUCUGGGUUGAGUGUCUUGGGAAAAAAAUCUCCUCAUUCGUGAAUUGGCCUAAAAUUGUCAAACUUUGUGAAGUUUGAGAGAAUUUUUUUCAGUUGCACCGAAAAGUUUUGAUCCGUCGUCGAAGAAUGAAGAGCACACCAACCAGUCUCAUGAUUUGACGCGUCGCGAAGGCGAUGUUAUCGUCCGGAUCGCGCCAAAUGAGAGCAGUGACAGUGAGAUAUUUGCACAAGAAACAUUGAAUACUGAAUUUAUUCCAGAUCCUUCGGUUCCUCCUCCAUAUAUCUAUCUAAACGGUGUUCGGUACCGCUGGGCUCCUGUUGCAGUGGAAAAUGGGCAUGACUCGACGGAGUCUACAGGAGAACUUUCGAGGGCUCCUGUCAUGGGUGCGCCUGAGAAAAAAACAAAAAAUAAUUUUAUAGUGAUCAUUGAACGAACAGAAUUUAAAAAUAAGUUUCCAUUAAAAAGCCGAAAAUUCGCCAUAAUUCCGGGUCAGAAAUCUAAUUCGUUCUUUUUUUUUGCUAACCAGUUUAAUUCAAUUUCUUUUAAUAAAGCUUGUUCUGAAGAUUACCAUGUUUCGUGAAACAAAUUUUUAAGAAUUCUCAAACUUUUGGGCCUGUAUUUUAUUCGCAAAGUCUUCAGAGACGACGAACUCCAUCGGCGACGGUGUUUCACCUGCCAUCGUUUCUCAAGACGACGGCAGACGAAGUUCUGCUUCGUCGGUCGUCACGGCUGGUGAGUUACGCGAAAACGAAUGAACUAAAGUUUGCAUUCGUUGGUUUCUUUUCCGAAAAAAGAUAGCAUCAGUUUCUGAUUCCUAUAAUCUGAAUGAGUGUUUUUUCUAAACUUUCUCUUCUGUAUUCAAUUUGACAAACUUCGACGAAGAAUUUUGAGAAAAAAGAUCAUGGUCUUUUUUGACUGAACUUUUCUUUCAAAUAUGCAUAUUACUGAGUUUCAGAAGAACCGAGCGCAGUCUCCACGCAGGCGCCACCAACUCAAGCUUCCAACACUUCCGAAUUGGUAUCGCCAACCUACGGAUGUCAGUUUUACCCGAAAUGAAUAAUAUUUCAGAGAAUAUAUUUUGGCAAAAUUUUGGAGUUCACUUCAAACGAAUUUUCAUUGAGCUAUGAAAGCCAAAUUGAUUUUUGGGUUUCAGACACGAACAUCAGCGUUGUGCAAGUCUCCUUCACGAGCAAUGAGUCGAGAGCCGCGAACUCGGAACCGUCCAUCAACAGCUCGACGGCAAUUUCGUAUGACGUCACUCAAAGAAGCGACAGACCGACCCAAGUCUCGUCGAUCUCAAUUGGUAGGUUAUUCAAAAAACUUGCUCAUAAUCUAAAGCAGGUGUGCGAAAAUGAAUAUUUUUGAACGAAUAUCGUGUGAUUCAAACUCAUCUUGUUCUGUUCAAAACGUAUUUUGAAUGACACGCGAGGAGAUAAAUUACUUCGAAUUCUCAAGUUUAAAUGAACUCGCGGAUUUCAGAGCGUGAAUUGAACAUCAGUGAGGUCAACGGAGAAGUGAGCAACUUGACUGGCACACCGUCGUUCGUUGCCCAGAGCAGCGGCUGGCCCAGCCAAGUGUCCUCGCUCGUUUCGACUUGUGAGUCAUUUGAAAAAUCCAGCGUUUCAUAACAAAAGCCUCUCGCAUAAAUUGAUUACUUCCUAGAAAAUUAACAACCCUCUCCUUUUAAGAAGCUCUUGAUUAUUUUUCAUUUUCAUAGUGUGAAACGGUAGUUUGAAGAUAGAGAAAUAUCAAUUUUUUUGUGAGAAAAUGAUUCGAAAUAAAUGAAAUGGAUAAAAAAAUUAAACAAAAACUGAAAUAUCCAAUCAAAGAGUCGGAUUGUUCCCUAUUAGUUCGUCUCACUGCCUUUCAAAAAAACAAAGAUUUUUCGAGAAUCGAGUUUCAGAUUUUUCGAACUCCGACGUCGCCGCUCUUGCUCUCCACGCCGGCCGACCAAUCUCAACCGAUUCCAUGUGAUCUGACCGUUGAGAACGACGUCUCGCCGGGUUUUUCCCAUAUUUCCAUUCUGUUACCAAGAUUCUGCAAUUCAGAUCACAUCGGGCACGUCUCUGUCGAUCAUGGAAGUGAUGGGUUGGCUGGAGAACCUGCCGACGUCUCAAGCGCCGGCAGGCCCAGUCUCCUGUCGAUCACAACCGGUAUGUUACUCGGAAGUUUUAGCGUUUCCAUUCGAAAUUUCGGAAAAAAAAAUCACCUUUCUCGAAAAUUUCUGGCAGCGGGGCUUUUUUAACAUUGUUGAAACCAAUUUUGGUUGUAAUGAAAAGGAACUCUAAUUAUCAGCUCUUCUGAGAUUUCACUGACAACCUUUUGGAUUGAUCCAAACCUAGAGAUUUUUUGAAAUCGAACUUUUAGACAACGACGCUCCGAUCUCGCCAUUGGUGACAUUCACUCCGAUUGAGAGCCUCGACAUCGUUUCCCCACCUCUUGCACAAUCGGAACAUCGGUUUGUCUCUGUUUUUUUCGUCAAGCUCAGAUCCAACUGAAGAUAUAUUUCAGACGGAAUAAGUAUAUACUUCAAAGAAAAACAAAAAGCUAGCUUUCUAAAAACAAAAAUGAAUUUUCCGUAAAAUGUACCUAUUUUUAUAAAUUGAUUCCCGUUUCCGAAAACAAGUGUUUUGAAUUUCAGUUCUGAAGCUGAUGAAUACCUUUUCAGAGCCCCCCACGAGAUCCCAACUUGCCCAAGCCAAUGCCGACUUUUACCGCCUUUUUCUUCGCAGGAGCCGGUUCACUUCACGGUGAUGCAUAAUCGAGGUCUCCCAUAGUUUCUAUAUGAAAGUAUCUUCCACAUGACCAUCGACCAAACAUUCAACUUUUUGAACAACCCAAUUUCUUCUUUGGUUUUUAGCACCCUUUUUGGAUUUUCUCUCAUUCAUCAACAUAAAAAGUUCUUAUUUUUUUCAGCUCCUCCGAAAAAAAGAUGUUUUUUUCCUUUCAUCUAGUUGUUCAAUCGUGUUCAAACUUUGAGAAAAAAAUUGUCUUCUUCUGAAAAAAAUAUUAUAGAUUUUUUUCAUGUCUUUCAUUUAGCUUCUCAAUUUUUUUCUUCAAACGGGUUUUCUCCAAUAAUCCUGUUAUUUAUGAACUUUUUCAGAGAAUCGAGAGGAAAUCGGAACCGAUAUCGCAGAACUCCGUUCUCCUGGACCUCGUCGAGCUUCUCCCUUGAACCCGACUUUCGGUGAGAAUUUCCUCUCAGAUAGUUCCGCUGUUCUGAAUGAAGAUACAUGAACAGGCGCAUUAUUUUUGUGAGAUAAAACAACUGUUCUAAUUCCAAAACUAAAACAAAAUUCAGCAGGAAAAUGCAAGAAUAUAGUAGUUCAAUGGAAAAGACUCCUAAAUUAUUAUUCCGUUGAACUUUUGUUCUAAUAAAAAAGGAAGGACACGUCAGAAUAGAAACUUCUCAACUUACAGCGGAUAGUCGGAUUGAGAAGAUUCAAAAAGUUCAUAUGGGUAGUUAACAUCAAGAAUUCCCUCCAAACUUUCAGAAAUUUUGAGAAGCCGGAAGAAAAAUUUCAGAAGAAACUGCCCUAUGCAUUUUUUGUUAAAUUAUUGGUUUUUUAUUUGCAUUCCAAUCUUUUCACUCUUUCUGCCUUUUCGCUGAGCUCAAGAUUUCAUAUUUCUUCCUAGGGAUGAGUCCGACUUCUCAAGACAAUCUGCACUCGGUUCGGAUUCCGUUCCCUUCGCCCGUAGCGUCGAAUGAACCUGAGACGGUGGCCGAAAAUGACACCGCAGAGGUAUUUUUUUUAGAUUUAAAUGUUUUUUUUUGAGAAAAAUCAUUCAAAUCUUCUCGGAGUUCAAGAAAUGAUGAAGACCUGUCGUUUCAUUUCCUUCGAUAUCCGUUUCUAAAAACCGAAUAUGAAAGUUUUUCUGUGUGAGAAGUAUGACCUGAGCUCAGAGAACAGUUGUGAUUCAGGCUCAUUUCUUCGAAAAUGAAAAAUGUUCGUGGCAAAGUGGAUCAUGUCGAAAAAGGGAUUAAAAAAAAGCAAAACUUGUUUUUUCUCCUUGUUUCCAAACACUGUAGUCGUUUCUCAUCCGAAAUCUCCUGGGAAACUAGAUGAGAAAAAAAGGACUUUUUCCCAUCAAAACGCCUAGUCUAUUUCUAUCCAAUAUCCGUCUUCAUGAUUCAUUUCAGGCCGAUCCUGUGACGGCAGACAGCGUCGAUCUCGAGGCGGGAAAUUCCAAGGAUUAG